AUGUAUAUGACGGACCUCGCUAGCCCAUCCCGGCGUGUUCAGCCCGCUAGCGGGCGAUGGACGGACUACUCCGAGUGGGAGUGGAGGAGAAGGAGGGUUUCCGAAUGGGAGUGGGGAGAAGGACGGCUGCAACUGGCUACGAUCCCGAGCGCAGUCGACGUCCACCUCCCCCGAGUGGUUCUGCUCGGUGCAGACUUUUAUUGUCGUUCUAAGGUGCGCAACAACACCCGGAAGAUAUCUGCACGCAUCAGCGGAGGCAUGUCAUUCUGCUUAUUUUCGAAGGCCGACGCUCCCUCUCCUAUCGGCAUACACCAAAUCAUCCACACCUCACAACAGGACCCCGGGCUCAGCACUCCACAGGUCGACCUCGAGGCACCCACCCACCGCCUCCAUGUACCCCAGACGCCCUGCGCCUUGCCACCGUCUACGCCAUCCUCGCGCUUAUGGGAUACACAGCAAAGUUGCGGGCGCAGGAAGGCGUCGUCACUACUCCUUCCUCACUGCUGUUCCCGUGAUGUCCGGAAUUACUUGGAACACGAUCUGGGACGCCGAGCCCUGGGUCACACACACAGAGGGGAAGACGCGCUGCGUGUGGAGGAAUGGCCGCAGCGGGACGCGCUCAACGGGAUCAUCAACCCUGAGCUGAAGACACCCGGGCUACUCGCAUAA